GAGGGAGGGAGAGAGGGAGAGAGGGAGAGAGAGAAAGAGGGAGGGAAGGAAGGAGCACCUCCUCGCUCGACCACACCGGAGCUGUUUGUCAACUCUCCUCCUGCCGUCAUGGAGCCGCCGGCCCAGAUGUUCCCCUGAGGGAGCCAGGCCGGGCGAACCUGAGCCGAGGUGAGCGGAGGACUGCAAGCUGGACAUGGAGCUCGGUCCUCUUCUCUUGGUCUGCGUCCUGCAGGCUCAGCUGGGGACGUUGUGGGGCGCAACGCACGAAGAUGUGCAGAGGGGCCCGCCUUGGGGGCCGCCCGCUCUGCCAGGCACCAGCAGCUCCAGAUCGGCCCGCAGCGUGGUGUCUCAGGGAGGUCGGCUGGACAUCAGUUUCCUGCCUGACAACAUGACCCACAUAGUGGAGGACUCUCAGCGCUACUACAGCUGGCAGAGUUUUGGCCCUGAAGACAGACGCACCAAAGACUUGUGGGUGGAUCUGGACUCUCUGCACAAGAGCCAAGUCCGAAUCCACGGCAUCUUGUCCAAUGCACACCGGCAAGCGGCGAUGGUGGCGCUGUCUUUUGACUUCCCUUUUUACGGACAUAACGUGAGACAAAUCAUCGUUGCAACUGGUGGCUUCAUCUUCAUGGGGGAGAUUACCCACCGCAUGCUGACCGCCACCCAGUACAUCGCUCCCCUCAUGGCCAACUUCGAUCCCAGUUUCUCCCAAAACUCCACCGUUAGGUUCUGGGACAACGGUAAGCACACCGUUAGGUUCUGGGACAACGGUAAUCUGUUCGUGGUCCAGUGGGACCAAGUGCGGCUGAAGGAGCGAGAAGCCGAAGGGGCGUUUACCUUCCAGGCGGCCUUGCACAUAAAUGGAACGGUGGUGUUCAACUACAGAGAGAUCCCGGUGCCAGUAGACAGGAUCAACUCCAUCGAACAUCCCGUCAAGGUGGGGCUGUCCGACGCCUUCAUGGCGCACCUCCCGUCUGCGGAGGUGGCAGACGCAAAGCAGCGGACCAUCUACGAGUAUCACCGCGUGGAACUCAACACCACCAAGAUCGUCAACGGAUCCGCCUUCGAGUUCACGCCGCUGCCCACAUGUCCUCAACACACCUCCUGCGAACUCUGCCUGGCGUCCAACCUGACCAGCGGCUGCGGGUGGUGCAACACGCUCCAGCGAUGCUCCGACGGAAUCGACCGCCUGAGGCAAGAGUGGUUGGAUUACAACUGUCCUGAAGAGGCUAAAGGCACAUGUGAGGACUACAACUUGCCGGAAGAUUCCACCUUGUCCUACAACCACUCCUCAUUUUCUCCCUCAACUUCCUUUGCCACGGAGCUGCAGGACGAGCCUGUGACCAGGGAUCCCCGGGAGGGCUCAAGACUAACGGAGACCACGGCCAUCAUCGCGGGCGUGCUGGCCGCUCUAGUCCUGCUGGUAGCACUGACCCUCCUGGCCGUGUACUGUGUCAACACCCACCCCGCGCUGGCACCACCCUUCUACCUCAUGCAGCGACGCAGCAACAGCUACUGGCCCGCCAUGAAGUUCCGCAACCAGGAGUGUCAGUCCGGCGAGGUGGAGCUCGGGGGCCAGGAAAAGGAAGUCUUCAUCGAGGCGGAACAGUGCUGCUGAGCUUCCCCGAGCGCCAGAGGGCGCCAUCUUUUUUGUCUCUUGUCCCAUUUCGGAGGAGAAAAGUGUUUGAAAAGGGAAGUCAGGGAGUGAGUAGACAUUGCCCUCAUACUGUAUCGUACACUUCCUGACCCAUUGUUGAUGUGGAGGAUCUACAUGAUAUAUAACUCAUGAUCCUGGGAAUGUAUCUGCUUCUUUUCUGCCUCUCAUUUCCUCUUCAAAUGUCUUUUAAUAAUAAAAAAGUAAAUAAUAAUUAAAGAUGCAAGCAGCGACGGACAGGACCGCUUGGGCUGCUGCCCCCGCGACCCAAGCCCGGAUAAGUGGUAGAAGAUGGAUGGAUGGAUUAUUACACAAAGAAAAAGUUGUAUACACAUGUGUUAUACAUCAGUCUCAAAGUAACUACAGUUGUUACUUUGAGGGCGGUUUAGCUCGGUUGGUAGAGCGGCCGUGCCAGCAACUUGAGGGUUGCAGGUUCGAUUCCCGCUUCCGCCAUCCUAGUCACUGCCGUUGUGUCCUUGGGCAAGACACUUUACCCACCUGCUCCCAGUGCCACCCACACUGGUUUGAAUGUAACUUAGAUAUUGGGUUUCACUAUGUAAAGCGCUUUGAGUCACUAGAGAAAAAGCGCUAUAUAAAUAUAAUUCACUUCACUUAAAGUGGCUUGGGCAUUUUAUAAGGACGCCAUUUUGAGACUCUAAUGCAUGAUGAAUGUAAUGCAGUUGUUGUAUUGAAGUGGGAAUAGCAAACUUCCUGUUGAUUUUAGUUGGGCGCAGUCAGUGUAUGAAAUAUAGGUCUCAGUGAGACCAACAUUGAGGCUUUUGUUUCAUGCGUGUAUGACAGUCCUACAGUUUUGUCUGAGCAGAAAGCCGCCGUUUUGUGACAACAGCAGCAGCGCAAUGGUUCUUUGCGGGCUCAUAAAAUCCAAACCGGGGUAGUAAUUAAAACUCUCUCUUUAUCUUUUAAUCAGAAGGGUUCAAUCUCUCUUCUGUGCUUAUUUGAACCCGAAACGACAAACGGCCUCAGAGGAGAUAAUGUUUGAAAAAAAGCAAACAUUUUCUGCCAACUUUUGUAUUGAAGUCGGAAUAGCAAACUUCCUGUUGAUUUUAACCGGGGGGGGGGGGGGUCUCAGUGGAUCAAAUAAAGGUCUAACUGAGACCUACGUAGUGGUUUUCGUUUCAUGUUUCUACGACAUUCCUACUGGAAGUAACAGACAGUUUUGUCUGUGUUUUCUUCCUAGGGGGCGCUAGAGCGCAAUUUUGAGUUUUGGGGUUUUUUGUUUUUUUUAUUAGAUUGCAAUUUUUGGCCAGUCCUGAUGUGUGUGUCAAAUUUGGUGAGUUUUGAAGCAUGUUAAGAGGGUUAAAUUGCAGCUCAAAGAGGCGGAGGUAUAAUAAAGAAUAAUAAUAAAACCUUAGUAAUUCAAGA